GCCAAAGUGCUCAGUUUUCAAUUUCCUUUGCAAUAUGCAGUUCUCGCCCAAACUUGAGGACCCGAUCAUUGCUGACGAUGACCAGCCCACGCCGCGCCGCCGCGCCAAGCUGCGCUGGAUCGUCGGCGCCGUCGUUUUCUGCGGCGUCGUCUGCGCGUCUGUCGGUGCCCUCGUCGUCUUCACGCACAAGGUGCGCAACAACGCCGCUGCCAUCACGACCAAUUUGCAGCAAGCACCCGGCCUCCUCGUGACGCUCACCGCCAAGCGUGCGAGCAUGGACUUCAACGGCCAGACCUCGGCACAAGUGUAUGUGAUUCCGCACAAGGCGAGUGCGACGGGGGCGGUGUCGUUUGACGCGUUCUUGUCGCAAGCGGGCGAAAACGUGACGCAAAACUACGUGCUGUUGGGCGGCCGCGCGUACACGUCGUCGGUCCAGAACGGGGUCGUGGUGUCGGCGCAAUGCCUCACCGCAUCGCAAGUGCCACCCGUCCAGCUCAUGCAAACAAGUCUUGCGCAGUCGAAAGUUGUUGAUGCAAUCGAAGGAGCGUCGUCUACCGCAAGUUGCGACGGUGGUCAGCUUCUUCAGCUUACGUUUGCAGGCGAGUCGUUCGUUUUCUGCAACUCGCCCGAGAACAAGCUCACGCACGCGACGGGAAGUGACUUGGACAUUACGAUCGAGUACCUCGCGGACCCGACGGUGAUCCCCGACUUUGAUGUGCCUCACGUCCCCGGUUCUGCUCCGCUCAGCUGCCCGGUGGUCGUGUCCCCCUCGACUGUGGCACCGGAGUCGGCGACGCUCGCCGAGUCGACGGCAGCGGUUUGGGAUGUCGUCAAGGGCAAUGUUCGGACGGUCGCUCUGUUCGGUUUCUCGUGUGGUUGCAAAGGGCCCAAGAAGCCGUGUUUGUUUGUGCAUGGUGUUGGUAACUUUUUCGACGCGUCGCUCUCGUCGACCGACUUGCUCUACUGGGGCUUUGCGCACCAGCACGCGCCCUGCUGCAGCUCGAUCCAGUUUGCGCACUUUGAGACGAUCCACAACGGCUGGGACAAACCGCGCGUUCAGAAGCAGUUUUGCGACGCGGCCCUCGCCACGAGCAACUCCAAGACGCAGACUGUGGGCA